AUACAUAUCUUACAAAGCAAACAAGCUUUACAAGUUGUCUUUCUCUAUCUCCUUCUCUUUAACUCAUCAUAUUUCUACCCAAAAAUUUUCUCAAGACCUCAAAAAGAAUUCAGAAAUGAAGAGAUUCCAUCCAUCAAGAUCGAUCUCAAUAGCUCUGUUUCUGCUUUUGUUAGCUUUCUUUAGCAGCAAGUUUCACAUAGAGGGACAUAGAGAUUUGAGAGAUUUGCAAAUAAGCAAGGAGAUGAAGGAGAAUUCUCUUGGUGGUGAAGGAGAUAGCUUACGAAAAAUCCCGAGGAGUCGCUAUAGCCCUAUACAGAACAAGAGAGGUCCAAGUAGGAAACAUCAGAUCACAUCAAAUGAACCAUAGAUUUCUUCUCUAAUUUUUUACUUAGAUCUUAUGGUUUUUCUUUUGGUUGUAGAAUAGUAUUGCCUACACUUGUUUGUGAAUGCUGCAAUGUAGAGUUUGAUACUGUUACUAUUCUUAGAAUGGUUUUUUCUUUUUCUUUUCUUACUAGAAAGUCUUACUCUGACAUUGUUCUAUUGAGUCAAGACUCUUUGUUUAGACCUCUAAAGAGUGUUUAUUGGAUUUUGUAGAUUCGUAAAACAUCUUCAAGUUUAUAUAGAUAUAUUACUUGAUUGCAAUAUGAA